UCGUCGCGAUCGUUAUUACAAGACCUGUCCAUGGCUGGACGAGCAUCAACACGAGUAUCAAAGGACGGUAGCGACUAGUCCUCUCGCCCGGGUCCGUCAACUCUUUGGAAGAGAAUCAAGUCUGCUCAAACCUAUCUACGAUGAUGUCAACAUCGCUUACCGCGACCAUCAUUGCUUUAUGCGUCGCCACCCACGCUCAAGCCAUGAUCGAAAUCCCGUGGUGUCGAUCAACGCUUCUGGCACUGCUGAGAAUCUUCAGACAGCUGCCAAACUCAUAUGGCAAGAGAUGCAACGCACAGUCACAAACGAUAGCAUGAAAAGACUUAUCGUCGAGGUCUAUGAUGCCACCCGACUUUCCUCACAAAAAACGUCUACCUCUCCCCAUCAGCAGGGCAAAAAGACUCGGCAUCUCACCUCUACCUCAAUCUUUGCAUUUCCUUCGCUUGCAACUAUCGUCAUGGCUCCAAUUCAUAAUUUGUCUGAUGCACCCACAUCACGCACCAGAUGCGUCGCCUAUCCCGACCAUAGCAGUGGGCGUUCUGGCUCACACGAUCGCUGACUUCUUGACACUCGAACAUGAUAUCUUGACUCUCAUGUCUAGCAAAGUUCAAGUGACUUUCCAUCCCAUAAGACUUCUUGGAAAUCAUGCACACGAUCUUCACCUCCACAAAAGAGUCCAAGCCAGUUUUGACUCUGCCCUUGAUGAUAACAGACAAAAGCCCAGGCAGAAUUUUGCGGAUUAUUUGUCUACCCUCUUUUACUAUCCCGGAUUUGAUUCACGAUCUGUGGGAGAGCAGAUAUCGCAUGUUUUGAAGAGGCUAAACGUGCGGUAUAAGACACACAUCGCCAAAUCUACUCGGAUUCCCGAGCAGUUUCUGACUAUGGGAGAAAUCGUACGUUUCGGCGCGCAGUUGGAUGCAGAAGACAAACACUUUGGAGGAAGAGAAUCACUCUCCUACCUCAACACUCUUGCCGAAACAGAGACACAACUUCUACAAAUGAUUGAGCGAUCCAAUGCUUCUAGGAUCAUGUAUCCUAAGCGUGUGGAGAAGCCUGUAGACCUAGGCUUGGAAUUCAAUGAUAUCCCGACGUGUUUGGACUACUAUACGAGAUUCAAAACACCAACAUUCGAAAUACGCCAUCUUCGCCAAGCACGUCUCCUAGAAUCCACCAUUUCUCUCCAAGACUCCACUGUGCUCGAGGAACCAUACAUCCCAGACUUUGGUCUACGAGCCUUCUUUCCAAGUCUUGAGAAACGUCAAUGGGCGAUCCCUCACCAUUGUGAAGUUCUCGGCACUGUGGAGGAAGCUCACAAUGUUGAUUUGCAGCAAGUCUUUGAGCAGGAAGAGGAAGAUCAAUGGUAUGCUGUUUCUAUCGUGGACGAGGAUACCCCACAGCAAACGACAGGCGAUGGUGUCAGGGAGUGGUCAAGAGGCGGUGUGGAGUGGGUAUGGAGAUGGCCCGCCCGUGUGGCAUUUGGCAAAGAGGCCGCACAGGCUCUGAGACGGGGAGAGUGGUGAUAUCAAGAAUGUGUAUCUCGGUACCUGUUCUGUAUCUCUAUGAAAAUUUCUGUUUGCUGGAAAAGACUGUGCCAUUCCGCAGCACUGGGAGUAUGAAUGACCACAUUUAGGAAUGAUAGAGAGACAUCAAGAGAUCAGGUCACCAUGAAGUGAGACCAGGGGUCCCUGACUCUUCGCAGUCUUGCAGCAGCUACGGCACAAGCUUCGAUGUUGAGACAUGGAG